AUGGUCAUCGCAGCAGCGUGUUACGGGCAGCGUCUUAUGUCAGUGUACGGGAGGCGGCUAGCUGCAUUACCGUACCACGAAGCCAUUUGUCACGAAGAGAUCUAUGGCGAAGAGAUUGAUGGCGAAGAGACUGAUGGCGAAGAGACUGAUGGCGAAGAGACUGAUGGCGAAGAGACUGAUGGCGAAGAAAUUGAUGUCGGAGAGACUUAUGACGGAGAGACUUAUGACGGAGAGACUUAUGACGGAGAGACUUAUGACGGAGAGACUUAUCACGAAGAGAUUGAUGGCGGAGAGACUGAUGUCGGAGAGACUGAUGGCGGAGAGAUUGAUGGCGAAGAGACUGAUGACGGAGAGACUGAUGGCGGAGAGAUUGAUGGCAAAGAGAUUGAUGGCGAAGAGACUAAUGACGGAGACGGCGAUCGGAGUACAGUAGCGACAC